GAAAUUCAAGAAAGAUCUGUCAAAACAAAGUGGAAAAAAAGUUGGAAAACCAUAAGCGAAAAAAGACAAUUCAAAAUAAAACAAACACAAUCAUUUGCAUUGCGGCCAUUUUAUUGAUUUUUUUUUUCGUGUUUGAUUGUUUGACAUUGUACGAGUGAAAUUAAGUCGACAAAAGUGCUAUGUCCAAGUUUCAUAGACACUAUCAUUGGCCGCCACGAGCCAGACGAAAUGUUGUCUUGCUACAAAGAGAUCGUCCAUACUAUGAUAUCGAGACAUUAGUUAAGAAUCGAUUGAAAGCGGCGCCACAAUUCAUACAAAAUUUAGAUAUUGAAGCCAAAUUAGAAGGUCACGUUGGAUGCGUCAAUUGUCUGGAAUGGUCGUCGAAUGGUCAAUUGCUUGCAAGUGGCAGUGAUGAUAAUCGUCUCAUUCUUUGGAAACCAUUUCAUCAUGACAUCAAACCGGCACUUGAUAUACGGACACCGCAUCAAGGCAACAUUUUUUCUGUUGUUUUUCUACCACAAACAAACGAUGCACUAAUAGCAACGGCUGCUGCCGACCGAUAUUGUUAUGUGUUUGACGUAAAUCGUGCAACAGAUCUAGAUUCACCGUGUUGGAAGUGUAGUUGCCAUAAUCAGAGAGUUAAGCGACUUGCAACAGUACCAGAUAGCCCGUGCAUUUUUUGGUCGGCCGGAGAAGAUGGACGAAUUUUACAAUUUGACAUUCGAGAGCCUCAUCAUUGCACACGCGACGAAAAGGUCUGUCUUAUUGAUCUACAAAAUCAUGUCGGUGCGACUGCGGAAGCAAAAUGUGUAGCUGUGAAUCCUAGACGAUCAGAACAAUUAGCCGUUGGUUCGAGCGACGCGUAUGCUCGUGUUUAUGACCGUCGCAUGAUCAAACUAUUUCGGAUUGGUCGUAUGACAGAUUCGCUUGCACAAAAUGAUCGUCAACUUGAAGAUAACCUGAGUAGAGACUGUGUAACAUAUUUUUGCCCAGGCCAUUUGAAUACAUUCAAAGACCGUAAACUGAACUUGAGUUCAAAGACUAUAACCUAUCUUAGCUUUAGCCCAGAAGGAACUGAAUUGCUGGUGAAUAUGGGUAGCGAACAAAUUUACCUCUAUGAUUUGAACAAUGCUCAGGAACCCGUGUAUUUGAGUAUGCCACAAUUCAAUAAAUCUGGCGAUACCGACGAAAGCGAAAGCUUGGAAACACCAACCGAUACCGCUAUAUCAUCACUCGAAUUGCCUUCUGCAAACUCACCAUCACCGACUUCAGUUACUUAUACAAAACAAUCAAAGCUACCGAAACACAUUGAAGAAUUAAAAAAGUGUGGAAAUGACUUCAUGGAAAAUGAGAAAUACUUACAAGCGAUCAAUCAAUACAGCGAUUGCAUUCAAUUGUUGAACAAUCAUCCAGUUUUCUACUUGAAUCGUGCCACCGCUUAUAUGCGUCGCAACUGGUACGGUGAUAUGUAUUCAGGUUUGCGAGAUUGCCAAACAGCCUUACGACUCGAUCCAACAUAUGUCAAGGCACAUUUUCGCUUGGCUCGUGCUCUUUUCGAAUUGGGCUUCGUAAUUGAGUCGAGUGAAUGCCUUGACGAACUAAAGAAACGCUUCCCGAAAGAUUCAAACAACAAACAAAUUCAACUUUUAUCUCAGGAUAUUCAAGCUCACGUCGAGCAAAAUCGAAAUUCAAAUCAAAAUGGCAGCGACAGUCCGGACACCGAACUAUCUGACAAUGAAAUGUAUUGGAGAACGAUCGCAAAAGACUUUAGUGAAAGAUUUGUGGGCCAUUGUAACACAACAACUGACAUUAAAGAAGCAAAUUACUUUGGUGAUGAUGGCAGCUUUAUAGUCGCUGGUUCUGACGAAGGGAAUUUUUAUAUAUGGGAGAGGCCGAGCAAUAAAAUUGUGGCCGUUUAUAAAGGUGAUACAACAAUUGUGAAUUGUGUGCAGCCCCAUCCUACAUUGUGUUUGCUUGCCACCAGCGGGAUCGAUCACGAAAUUCGGCUUUGGAGUCCAAAGCAAGAAGAGUUCGAUGCAGAAAAUCGUGUUACGUAUUACGAUACAACCGUCGUGGUAAACCAACAGCGAAUGAUGGCCGAUCCUUUUGAAUUUAACGCUUCGGGUGCCGUUUGUCGAGCAAGUUAAAUGCAUAUUUGUCGAAGAUCGCAUCUAUAUCACACACUAUUGCUAUUUACUAUGAUUAUUACUACUAGAUUUACGAAACUUUUUUGCUAAGGAAUUCAACUGCAACUGAACUGAAAGUUCCAUUUUGUUAUUUUGAUUAAAUUAAAGCACAUGCAAAAUAUACAUAUAACGCAUAAUUGAAAAUUACCAAAAUAUAUUUCACAUUUACGGUAAA